UGUGUCUUUUUUAAAGUGCCACAGUCUGUAUCAGCGAAUUGAGCUCAUCUGUCUUGCUCAAAUAUUAACCAUCACAUGAAAUAUUGGAAGGAUUGAGGACUAAACUUUGGACUGGUGUAGCUGGCAGCUAAAUCGUGGAGAGUUUAUCAGGUGACCACGGAUCAGUUUCCGCGGAGGAGACGCUCGCUGUUCCAAGUCGGGACCAGGGGUGGACCACUCCUCUAUGCAUCAGUUGGUGUAGUUUCUGCACUGCCAGCAUGUCUACAUACAAGAGGAUCCCCCUGCUGACCUCCCUAUGGAUUGGACUCUGACAUUGGAAGUUGAAGUUGGGACCAGGUGUGGACCACUACUCUAUGCCUAUGACUCAUGACUGCUGCGCCAGGUCCACUACCAACCACAUUGUGAAGUAUGCGGACGACACGACAGUAGUGGGUCUCAUCCGUGACAACAAUGACAUGGACUACAGGGAGGAGGUGAAACAUCUGGUUGACUGGUGCAGAACCAACAAACUGGUCCUGAAUGUCAACAAGACCAAGGAGAUUAUCGUUGACUUCAGGAAGCACAAGUCCAGCCACGCUCCACUCUUCAUCAACGGCACAGCGGUAAAGAUAGUAAGCAGCACCAAGUUCCUGGGGGUGCAGAUAACUGACAAUAUAACCUGGUCCCUACACACCGGAGCUCUUGUAAAAAGAGCUCAGCAGCGCAUGCACUUUUUGCGUCGGAUGAAAAGAGCACAGCUCCCUCCCCCCAUUCUCACCACAUUCUAUAGAGGCACUAUAGAGAGCCUGCUGACCAACAGCAUCUCUGUCUGGACUGGAGCCUGCAAUGCCUCAGACGGGAAGUCCCUCCAGAGAGUGGUGAGGACGGCGGAAAAGAUCAUCAGGACUCCUCUUCCUCCUAUCCAGGAGAUCGCAAAAAGCCGCUGCCUGACCAGGGCUCAGAAAAUCUGCAAAGACUCCUCCCACCCCCACCAAGGACUGUUUUCACUGUUGGACUCUAGAAAGAAGUUCCGCAGCCUCCGAAGUAGAACCUCCAGGUUCUGUAACAGCUUAUUACCUCAAGUCGUAAGACUCCUGAACGCAUCAUAAUUAAAUUAUCCCCUCAACUCCCCCCAAAAAUGGAUUAACUCGCUGGAAUAAAAAAUACACUAUAACAUACAUCCAUAAAUGUGGACGCAUGUGAAAAAGUGCAAUAUAUUAUCUGUACAGUAAUCUAUUUAUUUAUUUAUACAUAUUUAUAUAUAUUUAUUUAUUUUAUAUAUAUAUUUAUAUAUUAUUU